AGCAACUCGUUAUGUGUAUGAAAGGAAAUCAAUGUUCACACUACCGAACGGCAGUGAUUGUGUGUAAAAAUGAAAUGGGGCAUUGAGUGAAAGUACUCUUGGCUUGGAGGUCUUAUAUCAGAUCAGUCUGCCAACAGCCGUGCAGGAUGUGGAUGGAGACUUUACUUUGCUCUUAGUGAACAGAUCUCUUAUCGACUCCGACGGAGUUUAUUCUUUUUUAUUAAAUUAUCCAGAUUUGCCUAAAUUAUGUUACCGGAAUCAUAGGAUCAGAGAUAAUCAGUGUUUAGUGUUUUGUAAAAUUGGUGAAAAGUUUUGAAUAGUUAGAGAAAAACGUGUGUUUUUGCAGAAUGUUGCAGAUAAUAUGGAUAUGGUGUUUGGUUGUGUCAGUGGCAGAUUUGACAUUGACCCUUGACAAUGGUUUGGUGAACACGCCACCCAUGGGUUGGCUCGCUUGGGAAAGAUUCAGGUGUAAUACAGACUGCAAAAAUGAUCCUGAUAAUUGUAUCAGUGAUCGGCUCUUUCGCACAAUGGCAGAUAUUGUUGUAGACGAGGGAUAUGCUGCAGUUGGGUAUGAAUAUAUCAAUAUUGAUGAUUGUUGGUUAGAAAAAGACAGAGAUGUUAAUGGUCAAUUAGUGCCAGACAGACAAAGAUUUCCAUAUGGCAUGAAAAGCCUUGCAAAUUAUAUUCAUUCAAAAGGUCUCAAAUUUGGAAUUUAUGAGGACUUCGGUAAUUAUACAUGUGCUGGUUAUCCUGGAAUAUUGGGACAUUUGGAAACUGAUGCAUUUACCUUUGCAUCAUGGGAUGUUGAUUAUGUAAAAUUAGAUGGAUGUUAUUCCCUUCCUUCUGAGAUGGAUAGAGGAUAUCCUGAGUUCGGAUUUUAUUUAAAUCAAACACGACGAUCAAUGGUAUAUUCCUGUAGUUGGCCAGUUUAUCAAAUUUAUGCUGGCAUGCAGCCAAAUUACACUGCCAUAACAGAACACUGUAAUCUAUGGAGAAAUUUUGAUGAUAUACAAGAUUCAUGGAAUAGUUUAGAAACUAUUAUAGAUUAUUAUGGAAACAAUCAAGACUCAAUUGUACCAAAUGCUGGCCCCGGCCAUUGGAAUGAUCCCGAUAUGUUGAUUAUCGGGAAUUUCGGACUGAGUUAUGAACAGAGCAAAACGCAAAUGGCAUUAUGGGCAAUAUUAGCGGCACCUUUAUUAAUGUCUGUUGACCUACGAACAAUUAGACCAGAGUACAAAGCUAUUUUACAAAAUAGAAAAAUUAUUGCUAUAGACCAGGAUCCAUUAGGUAUACAAGGUCGACGAAUUUACAAACACAAAGGUAUUGAAAUUUGGGCAAGACCAAUAACUCCCGUUUAUCAGAAUUACUUUUCUUACGCCAUAGCGUUCGUCAACAGAAGAACGGAUGGUACACCAUCCGAUGUCUCUGUUACAUUAAAAGAACUUGGAUUACAGUAUUCUGGAGGAUAUAAUGUAGAGGACUUAUAUGAAUAUGUGAAUUACGGUAUUCUAACGCCACAAACAAAAAUAAAAGUUAAAGUUAAUCCUUCUGGAGUUGUGAUAUUACGGAUUGUAUGGAUAUUGUUUGGUAGGAUUACCAUAAUCAUCAGUAUACUUAAUAGAUAUACCAGCAAAACACAUUUCAAGCAAGCACGUAAUAAGUCCGCCAUCACUAAUAUCGUGACCUGCCAAUAUCUUUUCUUCUGUUGUAACAAAAAAGAUUUCAAGUUGUUGUACAUCUGGUACUUGAUCUCCAAGGAAUUUAUAAACUUGAGCCAAAGCUGUGCCACCAAUUCGACUCUGUCCAUUUGACAAAUCAACAAAUACUAUGUAACUACAUUUUCCAGUUUCAGGGCCUUUUAAAUCAGGUGUCACUACCUGUAACAAAUAUAAAACGACAAGGAGCAUAGCAAGAUACCACAAGUGUCCCUGGUGCUUUGACAACAUCAUUUCCAAUUCGUGCAG